AUGGUGAAGAGAGAUCCAUCAGAAGACACGCCACAACAUCAGUACAGGCAAAACUCCACGGGGCAUGGUCCCGAGCACAGCGCGAAUGCUCCUCACCACGAGGGGCCUGCUCGGCCCUUUCACCCACCAUCCUACGAUCCAACCCAUGCCCGACCUCAACCGUAUGCCUCGUAUCCUCAGCCACAUACUGGUAGCCCUGUGUCCGCCUCUAACCCGUAUCAUCCCGGCUACGGAAGACCUGAUCUCCCUCCUCCAGAUCAUCAGUUCACUUCUGUUUCUUACCCGACCCCAGGUCGGCCUUCCAGCGAUCAGGUACGAAAGAAGGCACAACGAGCAGCUCAAGCCUGCGACAGUUGUCGUACUCUCAAGGCCAAAUGUGACGAAGGAAGACCUGCGUGUAGUAGCUGUAAGGAGAAGACUAUUGAAUGCCGUUAUCGAGACCCACCUCCGAAGCAGCAAGACAAGGCUUCAGCUGACAUUAUGGAUGGUCUGACUCGCUUUGAAAAUAAUUUCAACACCAAAUUUGACUAUCUCACGACUGAGAUGAAUGAGAUGCGACGAGUUCAAAGGCACAUUCUCCAAAAUCUCCCGAAUGCUGAAGCGACUCUCAAGGAAGAAGUUCGUGAUGACGUCCAGCUGGGCAUGACAGCGUACUCUGGACCUUCGGUUAGGGCCGAUUCCCAGGUUUUGACGUCUGAAUCCCCUUACGGAUCGACUCCAGGGCAGCAUCGCGUGAUGGAAAGACCGGAGCACCCAAUGGAGAGGGCAGAGCUGCAGCUGGAAAGAACGGAGGCAGUACUGGAUCAAAUGGAGCUGCCACGGCCAAGAGAAGAAGAAGAAGAGGAGGAGAGUGGCGGAGAUCCUGGUCCACCUAAGGACUCAUCAAUCCCAAUCAAUCACACAACCGGUGCUGCGAGACUUCUUCUUCUUGGACCCAUCGCUGAGAUGUGCCAAGAUGCCAUGAAGUCCACAAAGAUUAUGAAUGAGAAAUACCCGAUCCAGCAAGAGACUAGACGGGGUAUGCUCAGGCUAUUCGGGAGGGGAGAAGGUGGGGAUUUCCCUCCCGGGUAUGACAAGGAUCCAUCGACAGAUCACCCAGAGGGCACGCCUGGCGAUGUGGAGUCAAAUGCUUCAACACCGCCAGCAGGUGAGGAAUGGGGCCAGUUAGGUGGACUCACCCCUCCCGCUUCGACUCCCGAGAUUACAAGAGGAGGAAUCAGUCCAGAAGGGAUGCCCGAUCUAAGUAGAGGGACGGUCUGGGAGCUAGUCAAGUCUUAUCUGGACAACAUCAACAUCAUGCACCCAAUACUGAUUCCUAACCAUCUGCACAAGAUGGUCGAGACCUUUCUGAAUAACAUUCCUGAAAACAAACAAGCAAGGCCAAAACAAGUGGUAACGCUGGCAGGUCACGCUCCUCCAGUUGGAUUUUUAGGAGGAGGGUAUAGGAACCCGGAGAGUCCUGGGCAGAAACGGAAACGCUCACCUGUUCCUGGAGAAUAUCCAGAACUGCCCCAGCACCUGUUGGAACUCACGGAAUUCAAGCCAUUUCACCCAUUCCGAACUAUCAAUACAGCAAUUGUGCUAUUGGUUAUGGCGCUGGGCCAGAUCUCCUUAUGGAAAGGCCGGCUACCGGAGAUUGUUCCGGAGAAGGACAAGGACAGAGACAACCCGGGAAGUUCAUGGAACAGCUCACCCACGAUGCGAAAUGGGUACCCACAAUCUCCAAUACAAACCCCCUCCAUGGGAAUGCCAUCGCCUCAAGACAUGGAUCGAACACAACCCCGCUCUCGAAGAACGUCGAUCGAAGGGGGGACCAAUCUACCUCCAAGAGCGAAAGCUAAAAACCUGGACAUGAUGCCAGGCCUUGCUUAUUUUGCCUUUGCCACCGAUAUUCUGGGCAACCAGCUUGGAGGCAACAGUCUUCAACACGUUCACGCUUACAUUCUAGCCGGGCUCUACCAUGCACAACUUGCGCGAAUCAUGGAGAGUUCCGCAUACAUUGCCAAUGCAUCCCGUAUCCUUCAAGUGAUCCUGAGACCUAAGCUUGAUCGCUUUAGAAAGCUCCAGGCCAAGACAGAGAUCCCUUUAGCAAAGGAUAAUCCGCUGAUUUUCGCAUUCUGGACUUGUCUGCAGCUUGAGAGUGACAUCGUUGCGGAAUUGCCUUGUCCUCACUCCGGCAUUCUCACAUAUGAAGAAGAUAUGCCAGCCCCAAAUCUGCAAGCAGCAUGUGAGGAUGACGGAUUCGAUCAGAGAAUCAUCGAGAGCUACAGCGCACAGUUAUUCUUGCGAAAGCAUCUCAAUCAAUUGCAUAACAUGUUCUACAAACCUGAUGAUUCAUUAUUCCCUGCAUUGACAAAUAAACAGCCAAAGCACUUUCCAACAAUCGAGGCAUCACAGGCAAGUCUCAACAUCAUCGAUAAGGUUGCUCCAAACAUGGUGUGGGAUAUACAGAGUGGCGAGCUGGCAAGCGAUAUUCUAGGAGCUCGUUUACGGGCGAAGUAUUAUGGCGCCCAAGUCAUUACCUACCGCCCUUUUGUGCUCAACAUCCUCGAAAUGUCAUCCGCACCAUCUACCAGCACAGAGCAAGUCUCGAAUGAAUUUAUCGACGGUGUCCAAGCUCCCAGGGUUAGCAGGAACACAACGAGAUUAGAAGAUGUCCCCGAAAAGGUCCGUGAAUACGCUCGGUAUGGACUCCAAGCCACGAUACAUAGUACUCGGGCUUUCUACGGCCUUGGGGAUCCUGGAACGCACAGAUUGAUUGUCACCAAUAUUUGGGGGACUGCCCAUGCGCAAUGGGGAAACCUUCUUGUGCUUCAAGCAGCAUGGAAGAAUCGUAUUCUUCGCCCUAUUCUUGAUGAACUCAUCCCCACAGAAGACUUGAUCUACCUGCUGGAGAAGACUUUAGCACUUUUGAAAUUAGUCGCGACGCCGACCUCGGCACUUGCUCUCGAUUAUAUCAUCUUGAAGAGGGCUGGAAUGAACAAUGGUCUCCUUCCCAGCCCUCAAGGACCCAACACUUCCUCAAGCUUCUCGAGCGCCACGACAGCCGAUGCCCCGAUGGGUGGGCAUUGA